AUGUGGCUCCCCUAUGGUCACAACCCUGGCCAGGUGGUGCCACGAUCUUUAUACCGUGGUGUGAUCCGAUUUGGUGAUGUGACCGAGUUUUACGAUCCUACACGAUGUCUCAGACAGUUCGGAUACAGACAAGUGGUCCCAGGUCCUCCCGUUAUACCAACUUAUGCCUUCCGACCUACAUCUGUCACAGGAUACUGUUAG